UCUCUCUCUCUCUCCUCACCUCUUCUUUAGCUGCUGUAAGUGUCAUUUUCUCACAUAUACUUCACACAAACAAGCAACAACAAAAGAAGAAAAAACACCCAUUUUCAGUUGACACCUUGUCAUUACAUCUCCCCAUCUCUCAAACCUCACUUAUUCCAUUCUAUCCAUAGAUCGAUCCUAAAGAAAACCCAGGAAUCCUAACUCAAAAAAUCCACCUCCCAUAUCGUUGAAAUCUCCCAAAAACCAUCCUUCUACGACCAUCGAUAGAGAAGACUGAUAUAACAAGAACAAGAAGAGAAGGGAAGGUUAUCUAAAUCAAUCAAUUGAAGCUGUUUUUUUUUUUUUUUUUCCUUUGUGAGUUAUGGAGCUGUUUCCGGCGCAACCGGAUCUAUCACUUCAAAUCAGUCCACCCAACAGCAAGCCGGCUUCGAAUUGGAGAAGAUCCGACGAGGAGAUGGGUUUGGGUUUCUGGAGAAGAGCUUUGGACACCAACACCAUCAUCCAACCAUACAACGCGAAACAAGAUACAUGCUUCGAGCUCUCUCUGGCAAAUCCAAGGGUAUCAGAAUCUAACAACACUAAUGACCUUCAUCUCCGUCAGAUUCAUCAUGGCCACCACCAUCAUCAUAUCCAGGCCAGUCAUCAACUUCAUCAUCAUCUUCAACAACAAUAUCAUCAUCACAACCAUCAAGAUCUCGGUUUUUUGAAACCGAUAAGAGGAAUUCCGGUCUACCACAACCCUACAUCGUUCCCUUUCGUACAGCAACAGCCAUGUGAUUCCUCAUCUUCAACAACCACGACCACCACUUCAAGCACUUUUCCUUCUCAAAACAUCAUGAGGUCCAAAUUCCUGUCGAGGUUUCCGCCCAAACGAAGCAUGAGAGCCCCACGGAUGCGGUGGACCACCACCCUCCAUGCCCGCUUCGUCCAUGCCGUCGAGCUAUUGGGUGGCCAUGAAAGGGCUACACCCAAGUCAGUUCUUGAGCUCAUGGAUGUAAAAGAUCUCACCUUGGCUCAUGUGAAAUCACAUUUACAGAUGUAUCGGACAGUUAAGACUACAGAUCGGCCGACAGUUUCUUCUGGACAAGCUGAUGGAUUCGAGAACGGAUCAGCUGGAGAAAUUUCUGAUGACAUCUUACUCGAUGUUCACAACCCACAUGGAUCGGAGCUGGCGGUUCAGCAAGGCAGGCCCCCUUUGAAUCAAAACGUUGCUUAUGGCAGCUUGUGGAGCAAUUCUUCCAGUAGGGGAGCUUGGUUGACUGAUAAAACAAGGGAUUCCACAGUAACCAGACCCUCUUUUGAGAAGGAGAUGGACCCAAAAUGCCUAAACUAUGAAAGACUAACAGAUAUGCACGUAUCAAGCCCAACGAAGAAGCCCAAUCUAGAAUUCACCUUGGGCCGGUCGCAUUGAUCUCAUCAGGUACUCAUUCUCAAAUCAUUCUCUGGAAAAGACUACUGUGAUGAUACCCACUUCAAAAUCAGAGAAAAAAAAAAAAGCAAAGCAAAGAAAGAAAAAAGAGAGAGAAAAGAAAGAAAGAGAAAGAAGGAAAGACAAGGAGACAAAAAAGACAGAAAGCAGAAAAGAAAGAGAGAGAGGGGGGGGAGGGGGAAUGUCCAUAUAUCAAGCUGUGAGAGAGAACCCAAGCAUAUGAUAUUCUACGUAAAUAUGAAAUCUUUUUGAUUUUUGAAAAGUUGGACUAUCAACAGGGAGAGAGAGAGAGAGAGAGGGGUCGUUUCACUAUCAUAUAUCAGGAAAGGAUCCUUGGUAAUUGUAAUGGGCUCUCUUUUUAUAAACAACUUGAUUUUUACA